GUUCGAGAGAAUGAUGUUUGGGUUGUUGGAUAUCCACGGUCAGGAAUGACAUGGAUUCAGGAGAUCGUGUACUUGGUGCAAACACUUGAUUUUGAGGGAAGUCGUUCAAUAGAUUGUGAUGAAAGAAUUCCUUACCUGGAGUUUCCUACCUCUACUUUGACUGACCUCUCGGAGAAGCCUUCUCCACGGAUCAUAAAGACACACCUACCCCUCAAACUGUUACCCACUCAGAUACAGACAAUACAGCCAAAGAUGGUGUAUAUAACAAGAAACCCAAAGGAUGUGGUGGUGUCGUAUUUUCAUCUUGUUUCCUCCAUACAAAGCCUGACCAGAUACAAAGGGAAGCUGGAGGAUUUUGUGGACGCCUUUUUGGUGGACAGAGUUCCAUACAGUCCUUGGUCAACUCACGUAUUGGAAUUCUGGGAAAUAAAAGACCAACCCAACGUAUUGUUUCUGACAUAUGAGGACUUGCAAAAGGACUUAGAAGGAAGUAUUAGAAAGGUAGCAGCAUUUUUGGAGAAGGACCUGAAAAAUGAAGAUGUACAGAAAAUUGUGAAACACUGCAGUUUUGAUGAAAUGAAGACUAACCCGUCUGUCAAUCAUCAAUGGCUAACUGAUCGCCAGUUCCAAGAUCCAAAGAAGGCAGAGUUCUUAAGAAAAGGGAAAGUUGGUGACUGGAAAAAUUUCCUCUCCAAGGAACAGGACGACAAGUUGAAUGUAAAGAUUGCCCUUAAACUCAAACAUUCCGGACUGUUCUUCCAUUACAUGGAGGCUGAGCUCUCCAACUCCUAGCCCUGUGAGGGGAUAUACAUGUAACUGUGAUGAUGGUGUACAUUGUCCAUGGUGAAGGACAUAAUAACAGGUACACAAUGUGAAAUAAAACAGAGGAUGAUUUACACUGUAUAUAGACAGAAAAUUUCACUGGAGAGGGAUGGCAUUGACAAUUACACAAUAUGUGGGUAUGACAAUGACCAAAGAACUUCAUUAUCAGUAAGUACCUGUACAUGUGGCUUUAUUUAUUCGAGAUUACAUUGACAAUUUUACAGUGUGUGGACAUGUACGUUUGGACAGUGAUUUAUUCAUUGGAGUUAGAUGAUGUUUGAGUAGACUGUGUGCUUUAUUCUGUGAUAAACUGGCAUUUUUAAAUGCAGUAAAGUAUGUGUCAAUGAUUACCGGCAUGUUUGUUUUAAUUUACACAAA